UCUGUUUUACCUCUUCCUUAGAAACACAUCAAUCCCCUAAGUCAUAACCAUAUAUUCCUGCACUUUAAUAACCGAUGACCGUUCCCACCUUCAUGUUCCACUUUGACCUACCCAUGAGUUAGUUAGCCUCCUUCCUUGGCCACACACAUCAAGAUUAUGGUCACAGAAGGAAUAAAUACAACAAUUAAAUCCCAUUUAUGCACCAAACAAAAUAGGAAUUACAUAGUCAAAGUAAAUUAAUAUAAUGUAUAUAGAAAGUGAAGAAUAGUCCAUCCUAACUGCCACACUCUUGGAAAAUGUUAUUCAUCCCAACUAAUUAAAAUUAAUUAAGUAAUUUAAUUAACAUGACGUAUGUAUAUCUCCGAAGCUUGUUAGAGUUUCUAGUUUAUAGGAAAUGGCGUUAUUUGAGUCAGUUAGAAAAGAGUGCGGCAGUUAUAACGUCCUCUCCCAUUAUUAUGAAUCUCCCUAACCAUCUAAAACCCAUUCCUCUUCCAAAAAUAACUAACAUGUUUUAAAACUCCCAUGCCCCAUGAAACAAGAAACUAAAUAAUCCAAAACAAAAGCGCUGUUCAAGGUUGCGAUGAUGAUCGAAGACAACAACAAAUUUGACGAAGAAGCAGAUCGAAUCAAGGGGUCAUGGACUCCCCAAGAGGAUGCAACGCUUCUGAAGCUGGUGGCGCAGCACGGAGCACGGAACUGGUCCGUCAUAAGCAACGGGAUACCGGGCCGAUCGGGAAAGUCAUGCCGACUGCGGUGGUGCAACCAGCUCAGCCCCGACGUUCAGCACCGACCGUUCACCCCUGCGGAGGACGAAAUCAUCCUUAAGGCUCACGCCGUACACGGCAACAAGUGGGCCACCAUCUCCAGACUCCUUCCUGGCCGCACCGACAACGCUAUCAAGAACCACUGGAACUCCACCCUCCGCCGCCGUAAAGGUGUCACCGUCGCCUUUCCCGGCGCCGGAUUCCCCUCCGCGGCAGCAACCGACGCCUCCGCCAGCGGAGGAUUAUCCGGAUUCUCUUCUGCCGCCACGUCGUCGUCAUCAGAUUUCAGUCCAACAUUUGUUUGCCAAAAGCGCAAGGGCGAGCAGUUAGAGUUGCCACAGAAUGUCAACAAGAAGCCGUGUUUGGCGGCAGUUGCCGUCAACAGUCACGCGGAGGAGGAGGUUCGCCAAAAGCGCAACGCUGAAGAAGAAGAAGAAGGCGGCGUGACGACACUGAGUUUGCUCCCGCCCGGAGAGAAGCCUUUGGGCGCAGAGGGAGUGUGGCGGAAGGAGGAGGAAGUCAAUCGGUACGGCGAGCAUGCAUGGUUGAUGAAGAUGAUGCGGCCCAUGAUAGCAGAAGAGGUUAGGAGAUACAUUCAAAGCUUACAAAAGACUCAACCACUCUUUGAGCCUGAUCCACCUAGUAAAAAUUUUUAAUUAAUAGACAAACAUAUUAAUAAUGUAUAUCUUUUCUUCUUUUCGUUGUUUUCAUGUAUACAUUUGUAUUUUACUUUCUUGCUCAUCCCUUUCAAUAACUGUUGCCUAGACGCCUAGUGUUUGAUUUGUUUAGUUAGGAUGAUGAUAUUAGUGAAUGUAAUGGUAGAUUUUGAAUCACUCCAUUACGGAUAGCUCAUUGUUAACUCA